AACAGAGCAGCUAUUGUUAGCCGAGGAGAGAACCAGCCAGCAGGUUGUGUCAGAGUUUAUCCCACAGGCCUACCCCACCACCACCUACCUGUUGAAUAUUUACAGCAUUUAUUUGCAAACCAGGUUCGAGUCACUGUCGAAGAACCGCGUCAAAACCUCAGCUGCGGUGAAAGACAGGUAAAGGAAGGAAAGGUGUUCGCGGAGGAAGACAUUAAGGAAGUAAAUAAGGAACUGACUAGGAACUCAACAGGUUAGCUACUUCAAUGUUAUAGCAGUGACUUUCUUCUCCCCCCACGUCGAAACAAACACGAAGUAAAAAAAAUGCCCCUGGGACCAUGGAGGAAGAAAAACAAGUCAACGAAGGAGCAUUUGGUGGACAAUGAGGAGGUCAGCAGCGGACACGCAGGUGCAGGGAGCCUGGGUAAGUCCGCGGUGAACGGCGCCGGGCUCCCGCCUCCACCUGCCAACCUGCGGCCCAAGCUGGUGUUUCACACGCAGCUAGCCCACGGAAGUCCCACGGGCAGGAUCGAAGGAUUCACCAACGUCAAGGAACUGUAUGCGAAAAUAGCAGAGGCUUUCAAUAUAAGCCCACCUGAGAUCCUGUUCUGCACCCUCAACACCCACAAGAUUGACAUGGAAAAGCUGCUGGGGGGUCAGAUUGGCCUUGAGGAUUUUAUCUUCGCCCACAUUAAAGGGAUCAAGAAGGAGGUGGAGGUGUAUAAAUCUGAAGACGCUCUGGGCCUCACCAUCACAGACAACGGAGCCGGCUAUGCUUUCAUAAAGCGAAUCAAAGAGGGCAGCGUCGUGGACAAAGUGAAGGUGAUCUGCGUGGGCGAUCACAUAGAGUGCAUUAAUGGCCGAAACAUCAUUGGAACGCGGCACUAUGAGGUGGCCCGCAUGCUUAAAGAGCUGCCCAGAGACAAGUCAUUCACCCUCAAACUGGUCGAGCCCAUGAAGGCUUUCGAAAUGCUUGAGCCCAGAUCGAAGGGUGCCAAACCUGCCAGUGAAAACAAAAUUGGCACGGGGAGGGGGACUCUGAGACUCCGCUCCAAAGGUCCGGCCACAGUAGAGGACGAGCCAACAGAAUUUGAAGAGAAAGCAGUGAAAAAAGUGGAUGACCUUCUGGAGAGCUACAUGGGCAUCAGAGACACUGAACUUGCUGCUACAAUGGUCGAGGUUGGCCGUGACAAGAAGAACCCAGACGAGUUUGCCAUGGCCUUAGACGAAACCCUCGGAGACUUCGCUUUUCCUGACGAGUUUGUCUUUGAUGUCUGGGGGGCCAUCGGAGAUGCCAAGCAGGGAAGAUUUUAAGUUUUGCGGCCUGCCACCGUACCACACAUUCAUAUACAUGCUCACAAACACUCACUCCCUCCCUCUCCAACUCUUGAUAUCCUCAGAAGCCAACUGGACAAACUCCGACCAGCAACAUCACAGACGGCUGAAGUGUUCUUACCAUCAGUUUGCCUUUUGGUGCAGCCUCACACUCGGAUGUAGUGUCUUAAUGUCGAGUGGGUCUGCUUGAGGAAUUUAACGUGUCAGCAUUUCAGUGUUAUCUUGUAAAAGAUAGUCAUGAAAUGUAGAAGCAUGUGCUGAAGGAUUAAAUCCAGACGUGGUAGAAACCUUGUGUAAAACCCCUUUGGAGUCAGAAUCCUCUAGCUGCAUAAUGAAACUGUUCUGUCAAACUUAGUGGUCUUUUACACUGGAUAUGAAUGGUACGUGCACACCUGCAAUAUUCUAAAACAAUCACUGUUUUAAUCACAAUUUAUAGCUGUGUCAUGUCAAAUAUACAGAUGUACACAGCUUUUUAUAACCUUUUUUAUAUGUGAACAUGCUGCAUUGUGUAAUUUAGUGUAAUUAUAGAGACUGUAGAAAUAUUUUUCUGGAAAGUUGUCUUUUCUUUUCCUCCUAUAUUUUUAAUUAUCAGUGUAAAAAUUUCUGAAUUUGGGCUACUGUUUACUUUGAUUUUCCUUAAACGCUCUCUGUGCCCUUGUACACACAUCUAAUCUUGAGCCUCGUGUCCAUCCAUCUGGAUUAUACAGCAGAGACUGAGUAAAACAGAGAACGGAGGGUUUUGUUUUUAAAUGCCUUUAGCCAAGUUAAUGGCAUGUUCCAGCAACAUUCCCUAUUUUUUUUUAUAGUCUCUCAUAUUGUGUCAAUUAAGAAAUGCACACUGAUUUUUUUUUUUCCCCCUGUAAUUUAUAAGACAUCUACUGAAACACAACUUCCCAUAAAAUCUUUGUUAAAUAAGCCAUUUUGAAGGCUGUAUCUGGAAUGGGAUCAAUUGCAAACCGCUGUCUUUAAUAAAUGCACUCACAAUAAUGUAACUGCACUAUUUAUAAUCACUGUCGAACUGAAUUUAAAUAGUGGUUUGAGUGUCAUCUACUGAUAUGAACUGUCAAAAGCAGUUGCGUAUUGUUUGACAAACCUUAAGGGAUCACUAUUGCUGGUUAGACAAUAAAAUUUGAUAUUGU